ACACACACAACCGGAAGUCUCUCUCUCUAUUCUCGCGACACACACAGACACACACAACAGACGCCGCCGGCCUCUCCUCUGGGGAAGGCAGCCUUCGGCCUCACCUCCCUCGACUCCGCGACUGCUGCCUCUCUCUCAGUUUUCACCGAGAAUCCGCCUCUUCUCCCUCAGAAAUCCGCCGCCGCGGAAGCUCGCCGGAGAGACGACGAUAAGCCGCCUCAACCGUCGGCUCUCUCUCUUUCGAUCUCGACUCCCAGCGAAGUGGCAGCGACAAGCCACCAGUCAGCCUUCCCAUCUCCCACAAUCCAUAGAAAUACCUAUUAUAUUUCAUAUGUUGAUACUUUUUUGUUUCUCUACAUGCGAAUCGAUUUUCUACUUUCGAAUCGAUGGAUUCUGAACCCUCUAGAUCAGAUUGAGCUGGAAAUUCAAAACCUUAUGGCCUUCGCUUCAGCUUUCCAUCGCAUUUUUAACGGAUCAUCCACGCCGUCGCUCAAUAUACACUCGCAGUUCUGUUCGAUUCGCUUCAGUUCCACGCUUCCGACGCUCACCUCUCCUAAGCUCUUCAUCAGCGGUCUUUCAAGAACGACAAGUGAUGAUAACCUAUACAAGGCAUUUGCACCUUUUGGAAAUCUUCGUGAGGCAAAAAUUAUCAUUGACAGAGGCUCUGGGAAAUCAAGGGGGUUCGGUUUUGUAACUUAUGAUACUGUGGAAGAAGCUGAGAAGGCAAGGGAGGGAAUGAAUGCCAAGUUCCUUGAUGGUUGGGUAAUUUUUGUCGACCCGGCCAAACCAAGGGAAGCUCCUCAACAACCCCCUCCUCCUCGGCGAGACAUGCAAUCUACUGAAACCGGUUACACUACAAACAGGACGGUUGGAUGGAGUGGCUAUUGACUUCUAUCCAAAUUCUUUGGAAGAUAUUUUGUAAUUGACUGAAAUAUAAUAGCUUUUGGAGAAACUGGACUAUUUAUUGAGACAUUUGGACUGCAGAAUCUGUGGCCAGUCGAAGUGAAUUGUAUACUAGUACAAUAUGCAAUAGCUGGAGAUAUAUUUAUAUCUGCAUCUGGCAAUGGCAUGAUGAAAAAGUCACAGGCUAGUUUGUUACAUUGUUUCUA